ACAGGAAGGUGAACCUUUCCGAGCUUCACAGCACUGCGGGUUGCAAAGCUCGCUCGUUAGCAUUUAUAAUUCCAAUUUAGACUAAAGAAACUACUAGCUGUCGUUAGCUAUCUUGUAAACAGUGGUAACAAUAAUGAUAAUAGACCACAAAUUGUUAGGCAAAUAAGUGUAAUUAGAGAAUGUAUUAUUUCAUCACAGUGUUUUGAUUGCCAUCUUGUUUCAGGGUAACGUUUGGCUAGGUAUCUAGUGCUACUUUUUAAAUGUCGAACGGACUCAUUUAUCAUGCUCACUAGCUUGCCACCAAAGUAACUUUUCUGUAUCGGUUGUUUUAUAAUCUAGUGCUUUGUUAACCGACAACUGGUUGGCUACAUUAUAAAGGUGGCUAACUUGUGUAUAGUAACGUUAGAUAGCAGUAACACACAUAGCUAACGUUGGCUAAGCGACGUUAUCAUAGUCUGUUUUGAUUGCAGCGAAUUAUAUACGAAUGGUAGUCUAAAGUCGUUUUCAAAUUAAUUGUUAUUAGCUAUCUAGCUUUCUUUCUACAUUUUUUUCAGCUAGCGUGCUGAUAUUCGUAGUAUGGCAAUUUAGUGAUCUCUCGUUGAUAUAUCAUAGUAUAAUGUUAGCUGCAAAAAGCAACAAACGUUGAAUGUUUUAAUUUAUAGUUCUCCCUAAAUUAGGGUAACCUGCAUCUCGUCCGCGUUUCACAGACUGACUUGCAAUAUUAUUUAAAAUGGCAAUUCCUAUAGCUAUCCUGGAUUGUGACCUCCUGUUGCACGGUCGUGGGCACAAGACCCUGGAUAGGUUUGAUAUAGAAACUGUAUCUGAUGAGUUUUUAUUGACAACAUUUGGCUUCCCGCGGGAAUUCAUAUACUACUUGGUGGAGCUGCUGGGUGACACGUUGUCACGGCGUACCCAAAGGUCUCGAGCAAUCAGUCCCGACGUACAAAUACUCGCUGCCUUAGGUUUUUACACAUCGGGGUCUUUCCAGACGCGAAUGGGAGAUGCCAUCGGAAUCAGUCAAGCCUCCAUGAGUCGCUGCGUUACGAACGUGACAAAAGCGCUGGUCGAAAAGGCUUCCGAGUUUAUUGGAUUCACACGGGACGAUGCCACUAAACAGCAGUCAAAAGAAGAGUUUUACAGGGUAGCCGGAAUGCCUAACGUUGUGGGAGUGAUAGACUGUGCCCAUAUAGCGAUAAAAGCGCCCAAUGCCGAGGACCUCUCUUUCGUGAAUAAGAAGGGAUUUCACUCCAUUAAUUGCCAACUCGUGUGCGAUUCAAGGGGACUGCUGCUUAGCGCAGAGACGCAUUGGCCAGGCAGUUUACAGGAUAAUGUAAUAUUCCAGCAAUCCUCCGUGAGUAGGUUCUUUGAAGACCAGGAUAACCAGGAAGGCUGGCUAUUGGGUGACAACCAGUACCCUCUGAGGAAGUGGUUGAUGACGCCCCUACAGUGCCCAGAAACCCCUGCCGAUUACCGCUACAACCUGGCUCACACGGCCACACACGAGAUCGUGGACAGAACGUUCCGGGCCAUUCAGACGCGCUUCCGGUGCCUGGACGGGUCCAAGGGGUACCUGCAGUACUCGCCGGAGAAGUGCGCACGCAUCAUCCUGGCCUGCUGCGUGCUGCACAACGUUUCGCUGCAGUCCGGCCUGGACGCCUGGACCUUCGAGAGGACCGAGACCCCCGACCAGGCCGAGGAAGCCUGCGAGCAGAUGGACUCCCUGGACUCUGAGGCCUUCCGCAUCCGCCAGGAGCUCAUACUCAACCACUUCAGCUAGGCCGGCGGGGCCAGCCCUGUUCCUGCAGAUCUGCCGUCCUGUAGGUUUGCACUGUAAGCCCAACCAGGCUCAUUCAACAGCAAGGGAGCUUUGAUGCGCUGCUAAUUAGCAGAGUCAGGUGUGCCAAAUCAAGGUUUAAAUGAAAACCUACAGGAGGGUAGAUCUCCAGGAACAGGGUUUGUUGUCACUGAGCUAGGAAUUUCAUGCCCCAUUCUGGAUGGUGGCCAGUCAUACUGAUGUAUUAGUGACUGAAAAUGGACACAGGGAACAUCCAUGUGUAUUGAAUGCUCUGGGGUCAGCAUGUGUGACAAACUUUUUCUCAUAAUACCUACCACCCCCCCCCCCCCCAAAAAAAAAAGAAACCUGAAAAUUGUUUGAAAUUUUUGUUUUGUUUUGAAGAGCACCAUAUUAACUAGGCAUGCAUUUGAUUAAUUACCUGCGUUUUUAUUUUUUUUAAUAAAGGUAUGUCAUUUUCUA